AUGAUAACAACGAAUGUUUGGUGGCUAAUAAAAGAGGUUAUUAUUUUUUUCGAAUCGAAAAACAGCAAUGUUUCAGGGAUUCAAGUGACCUAUGGAAUUCCAACAGCAACGCUACAACAGGGGGUUGUACAGGGAUACUAUAGAAAAUCUUACGAUGGUAGAACAUUUUCUGCCUUCGAAGGUAUUCCUUUUGCUGUACCACCAAUGGGAAAUUUGAGAUUCCAGGAACCCAUUGCUGCUAAAAGUUGGACGAAUAUAUUAGUAGCUAAUAAAUCCUACAUAUGCAGUCAGCUAAAUGAACUCCAGAAUAUAAUAGGUUCUGAAGAUUGUCUCUACAUGUACAUCUAUGUACCUAAAGAGCACAUAUGUAGGAGAGACAAUUUUGAUGUGGUUGUACAUAUACAUGGUGGCUCUCUAGUUGUUGGUUCACCUCAGGAGAUGGUUCUUCCUGACUAUAUGAUGGACAAAAACGUCAUUCUGGUGACUUUCAAUUACAGGCUUGGCGCUGCAGGGUUCCUCAGCACUGGAAACAGCGUUGUAUUCGGCAACAAUGGACUCAAAGACCAAACGCUAGCUCUUAAGUGGAUAAAGCAGAACAUCAAAGAAUUUGGUGGCAACCCAGAAUCCAUAACGAUCACAGGAUUUUCAUCUGGAGGUUCUAGUGUUCAGUUCCACUAUUUAUCACCAACUUCUAGAGGUCUCUUCCAAAGAGGUUUCUCUUCAAGUUAUACAGUCUUGGGUUCAGAAUCACUAACUCUCAUCCCCUUGAACAAGACUAAACAGCUAGCAAGAAAUUUGGAGUGUCCUUCAAAUUCUCUGAGAAGUAUGGUACGAUGUCUGAGAGAACAGCCCAUAGAGAAGCUAGUUCGAACUGAUAUAUGGUUCAAACCAGCUGUGGAAAAAGGAAACGUGAACGCAUUCCUACCCGAAAAUCCAUACAAGAUGUUGAAAGAUGGAAAAGUGUAUGACGUGCCAUGGGUAGCAUCGGAUGUUUAUAAUGAGUCACUCUUCUCUCUCGAUUCUGUUUAUAAAAACAACUCAGAAAUAUUUACAAUUUAUGAUAAUUUCACUGAGUGGGGUAAGACUUGGCUUGACUUGGAGGAAUAUGUAGAUGAGGAUAAACUGGAUUAUGUGCUCGAUCAACUGAAGAAACACUACCUAGGAAAAGGUGACUUGACUGAAUCCAACGGACUGGAAAGGCUGAACAGGCUAAUGACUGACCGUCAUUUUUUGGUCGCUGCUGACCUAGCAAUACGUACUCAAUCUCUUGCUACACAAUCGCCCGUUUACUACUACCUAUUCGAAUACGUAACAGAAGAUAGAUUAGAGUUCGGUGGACCUCCUGCUGCUUCCCAUGGUGUUGAUAACAAGCUCAUUUUCAAGUUCAAAACAAAUCCAGAUAGACUAAAACCAAAAGAUGAAAAAAUGAUGCGCCUGCUCACAGAAUUCAUAGCGCAAUACGCCAAAACCGGAAUUCCAAAAAUUGGCGAUACGAAUUGGAAACCUGUUAAACCAAAUUGUCAGAUGCUCGACGUACUGUCUAUUAAAUCGCCGAGGGAUAUAAAAAUGGUAAAACUAAAGGAACUAGCCCCUCGAAGUUUAUGGGAUAGUCUACCUAUCAAGGAAAAUAAUCAUUUAAAGAUGUGGGGCAGUUCUACGACAGGUAUCUUUCUCGUUAUCCUUUCAGUCCAUUUUUGUUGUGGCAUACCCUUCGUGAAACUGAAGCAAGGAUCUUUGCAAGGAUAUCAUAAGAAAUCGUAUGAUGGGCGAAUAUAUUCAGCUUUUGAAGGAAUUCCUUACGCCGUACCACCACUUGGGGAAUUAAGAUUCAAGGAACCUCUACCUGCCCCAUCUUGGGAUGGAGUACUUGUAGCUAAUAAGUCCUAUAUCUGCAGUCAGCUAGAUGGAACUCUUACAGUCAUAGGAAGCGAGGAUUGUCUGUACAUUUACGUUUAUGUACCGAAAGAAAAUAUCUCUCAAUCAGAUAACCUCGACGUGGUGGUACAUAUACACGGUGGAUAUUUGAAUAUAGGCUCACCCUAUACUAUGGUGCUUCCCGACUAUGUGAUGGAUAAAAACGUGAUUCUGGUUGCUUUGAACUACAGACUUGGAGCAGCAGGCUUUUUGAGUACAGGCGACAGUGAAGUUUACGGAAAUAAUGGUUUCAAAGAUCAAGUGUUGGCUCUAAAAUGGGUCCAGAAGAAUAUAAGACAAUUUGGGGGGAAUCCAAACUCGGUCACGAUAACUGGAUUUUCUGCUGGUGCUUCAAGUGUGGAAUUUCACUAUAUUUCUCCUUUGUCCAAGGGGCUUUUCCACAGAGGGUGGUCAAUGAGCUAUACAGUUCUGGGAUCUGCAUCGCUCACCUUAAUUCCUGAUCAAAAAGCUAAGCUGCUGGCCGAAAAGUUACAGUGUCCAACCGAUUCCAACAGACUCUUGGUACGAUGCCUCAGGAAACAACCCAUAGAGAAACUAGUCGAUCAAAUGGUCACUUGGUUUAAACCUGCUGUGGAAAAAGGCAAUCCGCAGGCUUUCCUACCAGAAAACCCUUACAAAUUGCUGAAAGACAAGAAGGUUUAUGAUUUACCGUGGAUUGCAUCCAAUGUGAUCAAUGAAUCUCUUUUUUCCCUUGAAUCUGUCUACAAGAACAGGUCAGAAGUAUUCGCAAUUUACAACAAUUUCACACAGUGGGGCAAGCAAAUGUUGGAUUUGGAAGAGUUUGUUGACCCUGAUAAAUUGGAUUAUGUCUUAGACCAAGUGAAGAAAUUCUACUUGGGAGGAAAGCUCACUGAAGAAAAUGGUCUGGAGAAAUUAAACAGGCUUUUGACAGAUCGUCAUUUUCUGGUUGCCUCUGAUCUUGCCAUAAGGACCCAAUCGUUAGCAACAAAAUCACCUGUGUAUUAUUACUUAUUUGAAUACAUACCAGAAGAUAGACUGGAGUUCUUUGGACCUCCUGCUGCUUCUCACGGUGUGGAUACCAAGCUCUUGUUCAAAUUCAGGACUAAUCCUGAUAGGCUGAAACCUAAAGAUGAGAAAAUGAUGCGACUUUUCACACAAUUCCUAGAGGAGUAUGCAAGAACGGGAAUUCCUAAAAUAGGGAACGUAAACUGGAUUCCAAUUACCCCGAAUCAACAGAAACUCAAUGUUUUAUCCAUCAAAUCCCCAGAUAAUAUCAGGAUGGUUCAAUUGGACGAACUUGCCCCUCGAAGAUUUUGGGAUAGUUUACCGAUAAAGGAAAAUAAUCAUUUGUAUUAAUGCUACAACUCUAUUGUAAAUAAACCUGUUGAAUAAG